AUGGGUUCUUCAGCUUUGAACCAAAAAUCCAAUUUCAAUGCUCGUUCAAACAGUUUGCCUUCUAGACCUCAUCCACUCAUUCCUCAAAUAGAUGAGCAUUUACGUAGGCUAAAAUCCGAUGAAUCCGCCGCUUCUUCAUCGUCGAUUACCGGAAAACUAAGUGGUCUAAGAGAUCUGUAUGAGUUGGUUCAUAGUUUGCUUAUCACACAAAAAUCCUUAGCCCAAAACUACAAUGGCAAUAAUGAGUUGUUGUUGAAUGGAUCUCUUAAGCUGUUGGAUGUUUGUGGUUUAGCCAAGGAUGUUUUGUUGCAGGCCAAGGAAGAUACCCAACAACUUCAAUCGAGUUUCCGAAGACGAAGAAGCGGCGACGAUGCCAUUUUCGCAAACGAAGUUAAGGCUUACUUAGCAUCAAGGAAGAAAGCAAACAAGUUAAUAAACAAGUCUUUGAGAGACUUAAAGAUCAGUAAAUGUGGCUUUGCUGAUGUUGAUGAACCUACAUGUAGCAUGUUGAGAGAUGUUGAAGGGGUUACUUUCGCAGUGUUCGAAUCGGUUUUUUCCUAUAUAACAGCGACAACGCCGGAACCGAAAUCGAAUAACUGGUCCUUGGUGUCGAAGUUGAUGCACUCGAAACGUGUAACCUGCGAGGGACAAGUUUCGGGGACGAACGAAUUCGAGAGAGUGAAUGCAAUGUUGUGUGGUCUAAUUGGGUAUAAGAGUAAGAAAUGUGGUGAUAUGAGCAAUGAGAAUGCAGUGGUUGAGUUGCAGAAACUUGAGACAAGCAUUGAAGAUGUUGAAGAUGGAAUUGAAUGUGUGCUUAGGCUUUUGAUUAAAACUAGAGUUUCUAUUCUCAAUAUCCUUAGCCAUUGA